AUGAAUGGAUUAUUCCAGAUCGAAGAGACCAAUCAACCAGUUGCGUCCUCUCUCAUCGGGCUAUUUUUCUUAUCAGUGGCGAUAAUGAAAACAGUACAUUUAAACGACGGAUUUACCAUCCCGACGAUCGGGUUCGGAACUUGGCAGUUGCAAUCCACGACAAUAGAGUCAUGCAUCAUGGCAGCUGUUGAUGCGGGUUACCAACACUUUGAUUGUGCUUUGGUGUAUCAAAAUGAGGCGUUGAUUGGAAGCGCCUUAUCCAUGUGUUUCAGCAGUGGCCAAACCAAGCGAUCCGACUUCUCUGGAACACCUACCAUCGCCCGGAACUUGUGCUUGAUGGCUGUCGCAAGAGCUUGCUUGAUCUACAAUCAGCCAGGUGAUUCAUUGUUCCCCAUGGACUCCAGUGGACACGGAUUAUAUGAUUCCAUCCCUCCAGAGGAGACUUGGAAGGCCAUGGAACAGCUUGUGACCAAGGGCCUGAUUGCACGAAUUCUUCAAGUUGCGUCCAUCAAACCAGUUAUGCUGCAGGUUGAGAGCCAUUUGGGCUUCCUGAAUGAGGCGGUCAUCUCGUACGCAAAAUCAGUCGGAUUGGCUGUUACAGCGUAUUCACCUUUGGGUUGUCCGGGAAGCAAAAACAAGGACUUUGGAGACUUGCUAUCGCUCCCCGCGGUCCGGCAGCUUGCGGAAAAGCACGGAAAAACUUCGGCUCAAAUUCUCCUCCGGCACGCCAUCCAGCGUGGCCUUUGUGUCAUUCCAAAAAGCAGCAACACCCAAAGGAUACGCGAGAAUAUAGCUCUCUUCGAUUUUGAGCUUUCUUCCGAAGAUAUGAAACUUCUGAAUUCGGCAGGCCAGAGCACUCGACGUAUCCAACCCCAGCUCAUGUUCGAUCAUCCGGAGUUCCCUUUUAGAAGCAAAACCUGA